AUGUUCUUCCAGCUACUCUACAUUCACCUUUUCCGCCCGUUUCUCAAGUACAACCCCAACAAUUCCCCUCUCCCGUCACAUGUCUCCCCUCGAAAGCUCUGUACACAAGCAGCGGCAAUGAUCUCAAAGCUUCUUCGACUCUACAAACGAUCACAUGGCCUGAGACAAAUAUGUAAUAUUUGCGUAUAUAUCGCGCACUCGGCCUGUACUAUACAUCUUCUCAAUCUCCCAGAAAAGAAUGCUAAACGCGACAUCAUCCACGGUGUCAAACAUCUCGAGGAAAUUGCGGAAGGCUGGCUUUGCGCUAGAAGGACUCUUGGCAUCUUGAGCGUCCUUGCGAAAAGAUGGAAUGUCGAGCUACCAGAAGAAGCUGCUGCAGUACUACUUCGCACCGAUCAAAAGUUUGGUCCGUGGAAUGAAAUUACUACACCAAAGGCCAACCGGGAGGCUGCGCCUCUAUUGGAUCAGCAAGCGUCUCCAACAGAUCAUGCUUCGCCAUCACUUCAACCCUAUAGCAUGAACUUGGCCAACAUGACAUCACCUCAGUUUUUCAGUCAAUCAGGUCCGAAUAGCGGGGCCUCUCUGGGCACUGACUCUUUUACACGCUCUUGCGAUACCCACUCUUUGCCUCCUUCUGACGAAAACGCACUCGCAUACCGGCGGUCCCAGCAUCACUCUGCAACACCACAGACUUCUGCCAUGACUCCAGCUACCCCAGCUUCCACGCAUGGCCGCCAGUCAGUGGAUGGGGGUACGACUGCAGGGAAUUCCCCCAGUCAGCUGUUUGGUGGCGUCGACCAGUUACUCAGAGAAGGCCAAGACUGGAUAUACCGUGAUCAGACACAACUAGCUUCUGGCUUCGAGAACUGGAACCCCCAGAGCAUCGACGAUAUCGCGUCAUGGUCCACCAGCACUGCCUCACUAGCAAAUAGGUACCCGGUCUCCGGUAAUUCCGUGGAUGUGAAUGGCGGCGGGCCUGUUGGCGGUAGUUUGGACGGGUUUCCAGCCAUGAGCGGAAACCUAAACCUGAACGGUGUCAGCGGCAUUAACGGAAUGGGAAUUCCGCCAGGCUUUCCUUAUGACGAGCGAACGUGGUACGAGUAUCAAUGA